AUGCGAUCUCUUUCAUCAGUCACUAAUCAGCCGUCCUUCACUACCAUCGAAUUCGAUUCGACUGUUCGGCCAUUGAACAAGUUAUUCAUUUUAACUUUAAAGGGCAGAUCAUUAACAGUGAUGGUAGAGAAGAAUCUGACAAUCGGUCAGUUGAAAGAAAGAAAUCGUGACAGUUUUGAUCCGCCAUAUCCUGCAGAAUAUGAUUUUCGUCUGAUUCAUUGUGGAAACUAUCUUCUCGAUGAACAGCUGUCACUCAAUGAUUGUCUAAUCAACCAUGAAGAUAUUCUUUAUCUCGUACAUGGGCCACGCAUACAAAAUCGAUCUUUCACUUCAGACGAAGAACUUCCCGAAGACAGAACUGAUCGGAAUAUUCAGAGUUUAGAAAUACCGCAAAGAAAACUUCUAGCCAAUAUCCUACGAAUGGGUGAGAAUACCCAACGAGACUCGAUGUUCAUGGAAAACUUCCUUACAAAUCUUUCUACUCUGGAAAAUCCAAUUAUGGAAGAGGUAAAAGGUGCACAUGAUAGAACAGACGAACAAGAGUUGUUCAAUCAAAGAUUUUGGGAAAAGUUACCGUUUUUAAAUUCUUCAAUAAAAUACUUCUAUAGCUAA